AUGCCCGAUCCCACGAAGCGCUAUCCAUCUCCAUCAACGACUGCAUCGGGCCCGCACUCUCCAGACAAGACGUGUGACCUUCCAUCCGAAGAUGAAAUUAUCGCCAAACCACUCGAUGAUUCCACCUCAGGUCCACCACCAGCCAAAAAGCGUCGUAUAUCUCCCCCGAAAGAACGUACUACCGAGUACCUAGAUUUGAUGAAGCCCGAAGAUGAACUCACUGCCGAGGAUCGUGGCCAGUUGAAAAGGCUCAUUGACACAUUGCGCAAGAAAAAGAAGAUCGUUGUCGUUGCUGGUGCUGGAAUUUCAGUUUCAGCAGGAAUUCCCGACUUCCGCUCAUCCACUGGCUUAUUUGCGACCGUUAAAACUCAGCAUAACCUCAAGGGCUCUGGUAAACAUCUGUUCGACGCUUCGGUUUAUAAACACGAUUCCACAACUCAGUCUUUCCAUGCAAUGGUCAGAGAAAUGGCCACAAUGACGAAAGCUGCAAAACCCACACCUUUUCACGAACUAUUAGCAUCACUGGCUCAAGAAGGCCGCUUAUUACGCCUCUAUUCGCAAAACAUCGACUGCCUUGACACCCAACUAAAGCCUCUGGCCACCGAGGUUCCUCUCAAUCCCAAAGGCCCCUGGCCUGUUACAAUCCAGUUGCACGGUGGUCUCCAGAAAAUGGUCUGCACCAAAUGCAACAAUAUCCAGGAAUUCAACGGCGAGGUUUUUGACGGCCCAGAGGCUCCACUUUGUCCAACAUGUAAAGAUCUUGACGAAGUUCGGACCGCACAUGCUGGGAAGCGAAGCCAUGGCAUCGGCAGACUACGACCACGAUUUGUGCUUUACAAUGAGUACAACCCAGACGAGGAUGCCAUCGGGAAUGUUUCGAGCGCUGAUCUUAAGGCCCGCCCUGAUGCCGUGUUGGUGGUUGGAACGACACUCAAGGUUCCUGGAACUCGCAGACUAGUGAGGGAGAUGUGCCAAGUCACACGAGGACGAAAGAACGGUACUGCUAUUUGGAUUAAUGUAGACGAUGAACCCAAAGGCGUCGAUCUGAAAAAUUGCUGGGACAUCGUAGUACGAUCAAAGUGCGAUGAUGUGGCUCGAUCUGCAGCACUUCCUCCCUGGAAUAUUACCCUUGGGCAGGAUUAUGAGGUGUCUGAGGAAGACUUCUCCAAGAGCCAAGAGGAUCGCAAACACCUUAACUUCUUUGUUGAAAUUCCGGUCAACUCUGUCUCACUUCAUUCUGAAGAGCAAGGCACAGCCAAAUCGAAGCAGGUCAAGCAGGUGCAAGGCAUACCAACGCCCCAUGCAAGCCCCAAGAUAUCAGCGAUCAAAACCCCGGCGAAGACGAUGCAGACCACGAUAUCUUUCGAGGGCAAGGUUACCACAGACCAGCCUGCACAACUCUCGAAACAACGCGGGACCUCUAAACAAAACGGGCGCAAGAAAAAGGCCCCAGGUGGACACAAGGAGGCGCAACUUAAAAGUUUCAAGGCAACUAAAAAUAUCAUCAGCCAAGAGAAGGCCGACGGAUCUGCGCCAAUCCCUCAGACGAAGCGGGUUGUAAAUGGCAGAGGGAAAAAUCGCCAUCCUUUGCCCUCUCAACGUCCCACGACUACGCCGCAUAAAGAGAUGUUGACUGACACCAAGGAUCUGGAUGAGAAGGUUCGUCAACGGGGAACUAGUUAUCCUUCAACCCCGACCACAAAAAUGAAGGGUACCAUUUCUCCACGAUCGUACCCUAACAACACCCGACAUCUGAUCGAUUAA